AUGGUGGAAGGACAGUGUUGGAGCAAUGGAACCUGUGACUGUCACUGUGUAGACUGUAACACAACCUGUACAGAAUGUCUGCCUGGAUGGAGUGGUUCUACUAAAAACAAAUGUCAAAGAGCUAACAUUUUAUAUCAAAGUUAUGUCGAAAAUGAAAUGAAUUCUCGAACACUAGAUGGUGAUGUUAAUACUUCUGUAAAGGUUUCUUACUUCAAUCCAUAUGUAAGGGUCCAAUUAAAAAUGUCUACAGAAAUUGAUAGAAUACACAUUACCCUCCGACUUCGGCGAAAUGAGACCUAUACAUUUUAUGUGAAAGAAAAAGAAUUUUCCCGUAAUCUUGAUGAGAUUUGUGACACAUUAUUGCAUAACGACAUGGAUACUAAGAAAACUGUACCAAUGACUUGCAGGAAACCUCUGAAAGGAACUUAUCUUGAAAUCGUAUCUACAAAAAAUACAACCCUUCAAGUGUUUGAAUUUCAACAUUUUGAAUGUACCAGCGGAACUUACGGGAAAAACUGCAGCAUCUGCCCACCUGGCUGUGACAAAGAGUGUGACAAAAUUACGGGAAAUUGUUUUUGUCGGAAGGGUUUCUAUGGAAACUUUUGUAAAGAGAGAUGCUCAAAGUUUUGUAAUGAAAGAGGUUGCAAUUCGGAUACUGGCGAUUGCUUAGAAUGCAAAAAUGGGUUCUUUGGGAAUCGGUGUGAGUUAAAUUGCUCAGUGGGUUGUCAUGGACGUUGUGAUAAGACAUCCGGGUAUUGUAGUUGUAGAACAGGGUUUUAUAAUAAGAACUGUUCUAUGCCUUGUACAACAACGUGUUUAGACAAUGUGUGUAAUCAAACAUCAGGAGACUGUCUGUCUUGCAGUAAGGGUUAUUAUGGAAGUCACUGUAAUUAUACCUGCCUCGGAAAAUGCAAUGGAAGUUGUGAAAAAAUGACCGGAGUGUGUGAUAGAUGCUUUAAAGACAUUUAUGGUCAAUUUUGCAAUAACACAUGUCCCCCAAAUUGCGACGGUGAUUCAUGUGAUAGGAAGAAUGGUAACUGCGAGCAGUGCAAGAAAGGAUACAGUGGGUCAAAAUGCAAUGAAACAUGUCCAAGUAAUUGUAAGCAAUGUAGCCAAGAUGGAUACAAUUGUGAAAUUUGUGAAGAUGGGUAUUUUGGCUCAAUAUGUGCUGAAAAGUGUCCCGAUUCCUGUGGAGGAAAUGGAUCCUGUGAUGUUCGAUCAGGUAACUGUCAUUUAUGUUCUACCGGAUUUUACGGCUUCAAUUGUAAUCGUAAGUGCAGUAAAUAUUGUGACUUACAGGGAGAAUGUGAUAAAGAUACAGGACAGUGUGAAAGAUGUGUUCCAGGGAGAUAUGGGCAACUUUGUUUAGAAGAAUGUAGUCCUAACUGUUUAAAUUCCACAUGUUUUAGAAAUCAGACCUGUGUUCAUGGGUGUAAAGAUGGAUGGUUUGGUGAGAAUUGUGACCAGGCGUGUAGUGCUGUUACGGGAAGUUGUGCACACUGCGGUUUUAUUGAUGGAAUUAAAAAAAUACAGUGCCUUAAAUGUGAGAAUCCUUGGUUCCUUUUUGAAUCUAAAUGUUUCAAGUGUCCCGAAAAUUGUUCAUCGUGUGUAUCAAAGGAUGUGUGCAUACAGUGCAAAAAUAACUUUUUCUAUGGUUCAAUAUGUGAAAAAAAGUGUGACGAUGCCUGCUUAAGUAACACGUGUGAUAUGAAUGGAAACUGUUUAUACGGAUGUAAUAACGGUAAAUACGGCAAUGAGUGUGACCAAACCUGUCCCGAAGGUUGCAAAUUAUGCUUCAAUGCGUCUAAAUGCUUGGAGUGUGAAGAUGGUUACUAUGGUGAGAUUUGUCAAAAACGUUGUCAAGAUAACUGUAAACUAUGCUAUAAUAAUUUAAGCUGUGAAGUUUGUACUAUUGGUUGGACUAAUUGGAGUAAAAUGUGCGAUAGUUACGAAGAUUGUCCUGAAGUUAUCAGUCCCCUUGUUUGUGCUUUCUGUGAUCAUGGAUAUUAUGGAAAUCGUUGUGUGGAAAAAUGUGAUCAUUGUAUCAAUUCAACAUGCAAUGCCUAUGGAAAAUGCAGCAUAGCCUGUAAGUCAAACAUAAACUCUGAGGAGUGUGCUGAUUCAAAGGAUUUUGGUUCUGGUCUACCUAACACUAAAUCGAGUGGCAAGGUUAUGGGGCGACCAAACACCAUUUCACAUGGACCCGACCCAGUAGACUCGUGGACUGAGGGUCAAUAG